UGUGUGUACAUAGUGCUAAUAGGUUAUAAACAUUUUUCGCACGUGGAUCAACUGAAAUAAAUAAAUAAAUAAAUAAAUAAAUAAAAAAGUUAUGCAUUCAUAAACAAAUUGUAUGUAAAUAAGUGAUUGUUAAUAUUUAAAAUUUAAAAAAAAUGCAGUUAAAAGAACCUCCAACUCCUAGCCAAGGUCAACGAUACAAGAGAUUUGGUGAUGAAUUGGUUGUGAAGAGAAAAGGUGGUGGAAGUAUCAUCGAUCGUCGUCCACUAUUUUCUAGUGAUGGAGAAAUUUUAUACGUUGUUUGGAAAAAUGUAAUACGAGCAAAUAGUACAAAAACAGGUGAUUUUGUACGUGAAUUUGAACCUGUUGAUAAUAAAAUAAUAGCAAUUACAUUUAAUUCAGAUAAUUUUAAUACAAUUAUUGGUUGUACCGAGAAUGGAGAACUUGUUAAUUGGGAUUCUCGUAAUGGAUUAAUUGUUAAAAAAUUAAAAUUUAAAACUCAUGCUGAUGCUAAAAUAAAAACAUUUCAUGUUGUUAAUUAUCAACGUGCAAAUGGUCAUCAAGUAUGUCAAGCUUUGCUAACAUAUAUUGUUGAAGCUCAUAAUGACAUUCAGCUAGUGCUUUGUGAUCUUGAUACAGGUGAUGCUACAAAGUCAACUUGUAUCAAACACAUUGCUGAUUAUUAUGUAGAUAUUAUUGGUAACAAUGGUAAUAAUUUGGUGGCAAUUGGUCAAGAUGUUGAUUUACAUAUUCUUCGUUUGAAUCAAAAUUUAACUGGUAUAUGGCAUAAAAUUGGUUUAACUGGACGUAAAAUAACAUGUGUUGCUGGACAUCCUGAAGAGACAUGUGUUGCAACUGGUGAUUCAAGUGGACGUGCUGUUGUAUGGUUUGAUUUAUUUAAAAAACAUCCAGCACAAGGAGUAUAUCAUUGGCAUACAUUGCCUGUAACUGAAAUUGCAUUUUCAAAAUCUGGUGAACAUUUAUAUACUGGUGGUAGUGAAUGUGUACUUGUUAAAUGGUCAAUUGGUAAACCAAAUAAUAAAACAUUUUUACCACGUUUACCAGCACCAAUAAAACAUUUAACAAUUGCACCAGAAAAUCGUUAUGUUGCAAUAUCAACAUUAGAUAAUGGUAUUAUUGUUAUUAAUCCAGAAAAAAAAUUAACAUCUGUUAUACAAAAUUUUACAUGGGGUGUAACAACAUCUAAAAAAAAUUUAUUUCCUGCUGGUUUAGUACUUGAUCCAAGAACUGGUAGUUUAGUAUUAAAUAGUAGAACUGGACAUGUACAAUUUUUUGAUACAAAUACUAAAAGUCUUUUACAUAAUAUUGAUAUAACAACACAAAAUUUAAUAACACAAGGAAGAAAUAUGAUUAUUGUUAAUACAGAAGUAACUAAAAUUGCAUUAAGUAGUGAUGGUACAUGGAUGGCAACUGUUGAAGAAAGAAAUGAUGGUAUAUCAAGUCCAGAAGUUAGACUUAAAUUUUGGAAAUAUAUUAUGGAAAAACAAAUAUAUUCAUUAAAUACAUGUAUUGAAUUACCACAUGAAAAUGGAAUAACAUCAUUAAAAUUUAGAUCAAAUACAUCACUUGAUAGUGAUAAUUUUAUGGUUGUAACAACUGGUAAAGAUGAUCAAUUUAAAUUAUGGGAUUUAGUUGAGCCAGAAUCAAUGUAUAAAACAACAAAAUAUUGGCAAUGUUGUGGAAUUGGUGAUUAUCGUAAUUUACCAUCAAUGGAUGCUGAUUUUUCAAUUGAUGGUUCACUUCUUGGUGUUGGUUUUGGUUCAUCAUUAACAAUAUGGAAUCCUGUUACAAAUAUACUCAAAUGUAGUUUGACUCACAGUCGUUAUUCACAAACAUUAAAACGUAUUGAAUUUGGUAAACAUGAAGCUUGUCAUUUAGUUGUUGUUGGAUCAUCUGAACAUAUUGUUGUUUGGAAUUUAUUAACUUUAACAAUUUCUUGGAGUGUACCAUUAAAAUUAGCUAAUUUAACUUCUGAUAUUAGCUCAGUAUACAUGGUUGCAUUUACAGAAGAUAAUAAUUUAUAUGUAUUUACACCUCAAUCAUCAGAGCCUAUUUAUACAAGAAAAAAUCUUUUAAAAGAUGAAAGUACAGUGAUGGGUGCUUGCUUUGUGCCAAAUACAUCAGAAAAAAAUACAUACAAUCCACAUGUUUGGCAAUUAAAAUCACAAUUAUUUUUCUUGGAUUCAAAUCAAGAACUUUUAACACUUGAAGCAGAAUCUGAAGCUGCUGUGUCAUUGGAAAAUCUUACUGUCAAUGGAAAUAUACCAUUAACUGCAUUCAGUAGCCUAAUUGCUGAUGAGUCAAAUACAAAUGUAGAAAAAAAUGAUUAUUUUUCACAUGAUCAAUUUGAAAAAUCUGAAAAAAUGGUUGAUGAGUUAUUGACAGUGUCAUCACAUACCUUACCACCAAUAAGAAUGAUAUGUUCGCGAUUUAUCAUGUCGUUGAGGGCAACAAACAGUCGAGAGGCUGAAUUACGUCGACAAAUUUCAUCUAAUAAUGAUGAUUCAAAUAAUGACUCAGUUGCAGUUGUAAAAAAAGAAUUUAAAAAUGAAAAUAAAAAACCACAAUUUCAAGAAGAAUUUGAAAAAAAUCCAGAAUUCGUCAGUUUUAACUGGAAAUUUUUAGCUGAAAUAUACUCAGAUAAAUAAUGUCAAAAGAAAUGACGACGGGGGAUGGAAGGCAGGAAACCGGAAACCGGAAUUUAUAGGGAGAUCACGGACAAUAAAUUUUCAACAAAUA